UUCAAAUUCUAUACUAUCCGUUAGAGACCUUCACUAAAAAAGAAACAAACAAAGAACGAUGGGAAAAAUUCAGGCCAAAUCCGACUACGAAACCAUCCGAAACGCCCGAAUCUCCGAAAACCAAGCACGCUUAGCUUCUUUAGGCUUACAAAAGACAAUAACCGAGCUGCGAUCGAUUACAAAGACUCCAACAACAACAACAACAUGUUCACCAAAGAGGAAAAUUGUUCGACCUGAUCCGAGUAGCCUUCCUCCUCUUCGUCGGUCCAAUCGGCUGAAACAAAUAUCCCCAGAUCCAUCAAGUGAAGUCAUUCCCAUCCGUAGAUCUCUCCGGUUUCUCCCCGAUUCUUCACCAAAAUCCCCCAAAGGUAUUGUUUCUGAAGAGGAAAAGAAGAGGCCAGCCAAUGCUCCAUUCAUAGAUGAUAGAUUGUGUCGUUCAGCCGGAGUUUCAUCAGAAAGACGAUGCAUGAGCAAGGGCAGGGGAAGCAUUUACGAUCCUGUUUUCGGUAUCUGCUGCCAUUUCUGCAGGCAAAAGAAAUUGUGUGGUGAAGAAGACUGUAAGAGGUGCAGUGACCUUGAUGUUGAUCAACCAUGCCUAGGUAAAACUGAUUGCUCUGUGUGUCAUUCUACCAAUGGUGUUUUUUGUCGAGCUUGCCUUAAGGUCAGAUAUGGUGAAGAAAUGGAAGAAGUGGUAAAUAACAAGCAAUGGAAGUGCCCUCACUGCAUAGAAGAAGAAGGGAGCAAACCAUACUGGAUAUGUAAUAGCUCUUUUUGCUUAAAGAGGCGAAAGAUGGUGCCAACCGGCAUUGCUAUAUAUAGAGCUCGGGAGAUGGGUUAUGAAUCAGUCGCACAUCUUAUGAUGGAUGAACUUCAACGACUAGAAAAUAGAAGAUAAUGUUGAUAGUUAUUCACUAGUAUUGUCGUACCUCUGUUGCACAAUGAUUGUACCGUAAUGUGUCUGGCAUUAAUAUCUUAGGUUGAGGAUACUUGGAUUCUUUGCUAUCAUACUGCGUCGGUAGUUGUUGUUUGCCACUGUAAGAGUAUGUAUUUUUGUUUUGUAGUUCCUCUCGUUGGUUUAAACAUGUUGUUUGAUUAGGAGCUCAAAGGUAUAAUUCUCGACUGCUUUUACCAUCUCGGAGAUCAAAAAGUGGAUUUUCAUUUGAAA